AUGCCCGCCAACCUCGACGCCCCGCCCGCCAUUCAGCUCAACGGUGCUACCGAGCCCACCACGAUGAAUCCCCAGCCCUCAGUACAGAACUUUGGCGAGCCGGCGCGGCCUGCGGUGCCCACGCGCAAUGACACGACCUUUUCCAAGUUCUCUACCGUGUCCGUGCCGCCGGAAGGGUCUAUAUUAACGGGCAAACAAGAGCACUAUCUCAAGCGCGAACUCAUCUCCCAGCAAACCAAGUACGAAAUCGCCGAACUCUCCUCUCCUACAGCGCUGCGACGUUUUGGCGCGCCCUUUCGCUCAGAUGCCGGCGAAGUUGCGCCAGAAGACUCAGAACUGCCCCUCCUCCGCUACAUAUUCGUAAACCAUGUUCGCAACUUCCCCUUCCUGGACAAGGCCAAGGAGAAGGAGUUCUGGCAGGACAAACUCCAAGUUUUUCUGGAGUCCUUUGCGAGCAAAGACAUCUCAUCCUCGGAAGAUCGGCUGGAAGAGACCAAAAGAAGAAAGUUGGCGCUCAAAGCCGAGAAAUUGGUCGAGCUAAUGAUGGUAUCUGGUAUCCCUACCGCGUCAGGUUACGAAGAAAGAAUACGCUUCGCCGAAAUGGAAAUCGUAGAUAGACAAGCGGACGAGAAGGGACUUACCAUGAACACGCCGAGCGGCCACUCUAUCAACGGUUGGGACGUCAAUGUCUCAGGUGUCAGGACAACCUCCGUGAAGAGACAUCUCCGGUACCACACACAUGCGGAGUACCUCAUACGAGUAAAGCACGAUGGAGACAAAGAUUUCUAUAUUGGCCGUCGAUACGCAGACUUCGUCCAAUUACACAAGCGCAUACGUCUCGAACUUCCCGGCAAAGUACUCGCCCCGUUACCUCGAAAGAACGCAAAAGAUGGGCUUCUACAGUCAAGUGUUGAUGACGAUGAUGUAAGCUCUAUCUCGUCGGGAUCUACCCAAGGGCCACCUCCUCCUGAACCUGAGAAUAGUGGCGGUGGUGGUCUGCGCAGCUAUAUCUUUGGUAGUGGACACAAGAAAAACGCCUCACAAACAUCGCUAGGAAGACGCUCGCCAAGGGCUUCGACGGACUACUCGGCGUACAAGGCCCCUCGGAAACUAUACAGGGAAGAGCAACGUGUUUCUCUACGUGCCUUCCUCCGAUCGUUUCUACACAAUGAGCGCAUUGCCCAAUCGAGUGCCAUGGCCGAAUUUCUGACACGCGAUCCCAUAGAGGUCAACGAGGAGGAGAUGGAAGACAUUCAAAGGCGAGAAGAGAUGGACAAGAAGCGCAUAGAAGAGCAAAGGCAGUUCUACGAAGUUGCGCGCAAGCGAGCAGCGGAGCUUGAUAUCCACAUGGAGAAGUUCAGGAGAGAGAUUGUAGAAGCCAAUGGACUCUCCCACCUGUUCCAGGAGAUCAGGGUCAAGAACACGAUCGCAGAGCUCAAGCCAGAGUACCAAAAGUUCGCAGAGUGGUUACGGAUAGAAGUGGCUGCUACCAUCUACCAUUUGUUCCUAGCGGAAGACAACUCCCCCGAGCUAUUUGCUCAAGCGAAGCGCAUACACUCUCUCGUUCCAUACGGUGUCCUCAAGAACGUCAUUAGGAUAGCCAACCCUGCCGCAGUCAUGAGUGGAGUCCUGGAUCUGUUCCUUGCCCAACCGUUCGGUGCUCGAUCAUUACUUCAACGUAUAUUUGGUAUGGCCAUCAAUGAUGGUGUCAACUCUGUGCAGAAGACAAUCGAUACACUCGGUUCUACCAGGAUCAAGGAUGACGUGCUUUGCGACAAGAUCAAAGCAUACGUACAAGCAGACGAGGGCGUUAAGGAAGCGAUACGACAGGAAGCUGCGCGCGAUAACGUCGAUGUGGUGGUGACUAUACUACGUUCCGAGUUUUUCCAACCAGAGUUAUCUUCGCAACAGGUGGAGAAGGUUUUCAAUGCCUACGUUGCAUGGAACAACGCGGUCGAAAAUGUGAGAUCGCGCCGCCUCAGUAGAACAGCUAGCAGCCGCAGCAAUGUCAGUACAGCAACUAACGCGACCGGCCAGGUCGAAAAGGAGAUGCGAUCAGGCGCUGAGCUCUUCGCGCACCUGAAACAGUACUUGAAGCUCUGCCUAAGACAAAGAGAUAAGUUGAUGAUGUUACAAAUCAUCGAAGAGCCCACGACUCUCCAACUCUUCCGAGAUCUAUUCACCAUUUUCUACGAGCCGCUUGUCCGUGUCUACAAGUCCGCGAACGUAUACAACAGUAUUACUGAUUUUGCCAUGUUCGCCGAUGACACCAUUAAGACAAUUGAAGCUUGCCAACGGCAAGAAGUUUCUGCAGACCCCAAUCAAACCGUGCAAGCUUUUAUCGAUCUGUGCGCUCGUCACGAGGGUAACUUCUACAAGUUCGUUCACGAGGUCCACAAACACGACAAUGGUCUUUUUGACCAGCUCAUGGGCUGGUUAGAGGGUAUAUUGGAUUUCCUACGCCAUGGGCCUGGAAGUGGCGGUAAGCUCGACAUGAAUGCACUCUUCCAGGGUGGUAUGGAUUCAAACUUGAUCGACAAGAACAAGGCGAUUCGCGAGAUCAACAGUCUCAUCAAGUGGCAAAUGGCGCGGAAGAAGUGGCAUUCAGACAAGACCAGACAGAAGAUGGCGAGUGGUGGUGACGAUCCUGACCCGCUUAUGGGCGGUAUUGCUGGCUUCAAGUCGAGUGACUUUGGACUCAAUGCGAUGGAUCUUCAAGACCUUGAACUCGAUGAUGAUGGUAGCGACUCGACCGACUCAGAAGACAUGGACGACACAGAUGUAGCAGAUCCAAUCGAAGCCGAGCGCAAGAGCCGAGCGCGCGCUGCUGAGAAGCUUAGGAGAAAGGCUGGCGAACCCAAAAAGCCGGCGAUCGUGGAGCUGUACAAGCUCAGCGAGGGUUUCAACAGCAUGCUCAGGAACGUUCUCGCUUCAUAG